AUGGCCAGGCUUCCUAACCUAGCUUUUUUGCGAUAUUUUUCAAAAUACUCCUGUAAAUUCGUAAGAGGUCUGAUGACGACCCAAUCGCGGUGCGAAAAGGCCUUGGACGAGCUUUCCAAAAAUGCCUACUACGAGAAAUACGCGGACAAAAUCGCCAAACUACAAAAAACCUCCCCCCAGGAGUUCCUCUCCCGAAUGGACGAACUCAAGAAGGCCAAAGCCCCGAAAAAGAAGCCCGAAACGAUCACUGAAGGCAAGUUCUCGCAACUAUUAAACCCGAAAAAACCGCUCGGUUCUGUGGAGGCCUCGGAGGCCCCCUUAGACAAAGUCAUGAAACUUGACUUAAUUAAGGAUAAAACCCCGGAGGAAAUUAAGGAGAUUUGGCACCAGUACCACAUACAGAAGAACUACAUUGCGGCGGUUGUCCCUGUGGAAGAUUACAACGAACUGGAGGCAAGGGGGCGCCAAUACCCUACGUUUCUCUUCGCCUUGCCUCGCAAAGAGGGUUACGAGUUUAUAAUGUCGCAGUUUGAGCGAAACUGCGUCCACUUUACCCCCCUUUUGUACUAUCAGGUGCACAAGGAGAACGCCCCCGAGUGCCUCACAAUGACGCACUACACCGAACUAAAGGACGAGAAAAAAAUCGUCUUGAUGCGAGGAGAGUACGACAAGAAUGUUAUUGAUUUGAAGGAGGCCCAGUGUCUCGCAAAUCAGUUGCAAUUGUAUUACGUAAGGCCCACAGAAGCACACUUGGAACUGAUGGAGCGGUUCACCAAGCGCCCCGACGAGUUCAAACACAUGGACUUGAUCAAACAAAUCGAGACUUUGUCUUUGUAAAUAUGUAUUAUUUAAUUCCUAAUUGUAAAUAAAGUUUGAGUGACAUAACCUUA